ACGUCGGGUCUGAACUCGGGAACAGCCCUUGCAGCUGAUCGUGCUCCGAAAACACGUUCUCGCACAAACAGAGGUAAGAUGGCCAAGCCGGGACAGAAAGUGGUGCUGAUCACCGGCUGCUCCUCUGGGAUUGGGCUGAGGAUGGCUGUGAUGCUGGCCAAGGACCCGCAGCAGCGCUACCAUGUCAUUGCAACAAUGCGGGAUCUUAAACGCAAGGACAAACUAGUAGAAGCUGCCGGGGACGCGUAUGAAAAAACUCUGUCUCUGGCUGUGCUGGAUGUUUGCAACGAUGAGUCGGUCAAGCAGUGCAUCAACGGCAUCAAGGAUCGUCACGUCGAUGUCCUCAUCAACAACGCAGGUAUCGGGCUGGUGGGUCCAAUAGAAAGCAUCCCCAUCGAUGAGAUGAAGAAAGUGUUUGAGACCAACUUCUUUGGAGUGAUCCGGAUGAUCAAGGAGGUCAUGCCUGACAUGAAGAAGAGGAAAGGAGGUCACAUCAUCGUGGUCAGCAGCGUGAUGGGUCUGCAAGGAGUGGUGUUUAACGACGUAUAUGCAGCAUCAAAGUUCGCCAUGGAAGGAUUCUGUGAGAGUUUGGCUGUACAGCUGCUCAAGUUUAAUGUCAUACUCUCUUUGAUAGAACCGGGUCCAGUUCACACAGAAUUUGAAGCCAAGAUGAUUCAGGAUGUAAGACAGAAGGAGUUCCCCGGAGCCGACCCUGACACGGUGCACUAUUUCAAGAACGUCUACCUUCCUUCCUCAGUAGAUAUCUUCGAGACACUCGGUCAGACGCCAGAUGACAUUGCCAGAUGUACCAAGAAAGUGAUCGAAGCCAGUAGCCCACGUUUUCGAAACCUGACCAACCCUCUGUACACGCCCAUAGUAGCACUGAAAUACGCAGACGAAACCGGAGGCCUGUCCGUCCACGCCUUCUACCAUAUGCUCUUCAACCUGGGACCACUCAUGCACGUCAGCAUGACCGCCAUGAAGUAUCUCACGUGUGGAUGCCUGAGGAGCAGGACAGUCUCUCCCAACUGAACGUGCAGCCAGCCCGGGUGU